AUGGACUGUGAGCGCUGCGGCAAAGAAAAGGCAGAGUUCAGUCGAAAUCUGCCUGAAAUUGUAGAACCCAAAAGCGACAAUAUCGUGGUAGAAUUGGGGGAACGCGAUCGUCUAUUAAACGAAAAUGAAAAAGUUCGUUAUUUAUUUUCCAUAACUGGUACUGAAUCCAUCAAGUCGACGGGCGAGCCAGCUAACCAACUAAUUGGAUUUGAUGAUGCUAACAUUUCGGAAGCGAGUUCGUCGCCUACUUUGGUCGGAAGGGGGUUAAGCAAGAGUGCAACCCCAAGUCCCGUGGCCCCAGGUGGAAGAAGGGUGACUCGAUCGAAUUCAGAAUGGCGUGAUGAUGACAUCGACAGGAUGUUUGGUAUCCACCAGACUCGGUCAUGUUUGUCUACGUUAGGGAUUCGUUCCGAUUCAAUGGCAAGCGUGUAUUCGGGGGCGGGUGAAGGGAGAUAUGGUACGGUGGCUGUAAGGGGUCAAGUUGAGUUUGGCCUCCAGUACAAUUACAAAGCGGGCUGUCUCGAAAUUCAUAUCAAACAGUGCAAAGAUCUUGCGGCCGUUGACAUGAAACGAAAUCGAUCGGAUCCAUACGUAAAGGUCUAUCUUCUGCCAGACAAGUCGAAGAGUGGUAAACGAAAAACAAAGGUGAAGAAGCACACCCUCAACCCCAUCUUCGACGAGGUACUCAAAUUCCACAUGUCUCUAAACAGUAUAGAAACCAGAACCUUGUGGCUAACCGUUUGGCAUUCAGAUAUGUUUGGUAGGAAUGAUUUCCUGGGGGAGGUCAUGAUCGCUUUGGAGAAUAAAGUGUUUGACGACCCCACACCCAAAUGGUACAACCUCCAGGAAAGGACCGAGCCUUUCGAUGAAAUUUUGUCGUUCAAGGGUGACAUUUUAGUUGGUCUAAAAUUCGUACCACCCGACAUGACAAUACGGAAAAAAGGCAAACAUUCUCGCGGUUCGCUUCACGUUCUGGUCAAGGAGGCCAAAAGUUUGACCGCCAUCAAAGCCAGUGGAACCUCGGAUCCAUUUUGUAAAAGUUACCUUUUACCAGAUAAAGGUAGAAGCUCAAAACAAAAAACUCCUGUGAUAAGAAAAACUGUUAAUCCUGUCUGGAAUCAUACUUUCGUAUACGAAGACGUAACACUGCAAGAGCUCGCAGAAAGAUGUCUGGAACUCACCAUUUGGGAUCACGAUCGAUUGGGAAGUAACGAAUUUUUGGGAGGAGUUAGGUUCUCCUUGGGCACAGGUAAACAUUAUCUGAAACCUGUUGAUUGGAUGGAUUCUACAGGGAAAGAGAUCUCGUUAUGGAAGAGCAUGCUGGAACGCCCAAACUUUUGGGUAGAGGGAUGUCUCCCCCUGAGACCCACGUUGGAUUAUCGAGCCACCUAA